CACUUGAGACACAGAGAUCUGAGAGCCAUGAAAGCAGACGUUUAUUUUCACACACUGAACUACCCAAACCAGCCAAAACUGGCUGGGCUAUCCCCAAAUAUUCUAACUCAGUUGCCAUAGCAACAACAAGGUGCUAUUACCACAACAACCAAAUACACAACAUAUUCCUCCCCCCUUAAUAAGAACAUCCCCUAAAUAAAACAAACACUAAACUAGAGAAGGAGGGUAGACUGCCUCCAUUCCCGGCUAAACCCAGGGGAUUAUUUUGCCCCAUAACCGUGGGUUCGCCCUAGCUAAAGAUCCAGCCAUUGAGGGGGUCUUCUGUCUCUAGGUGGAUUACGGUGAACUUCUGGUGUUGUUGCACCCGAAAGUACCUUGGGCGCUGGCCUGACAAUGGGCUCGGGGUUCGUAGCAUGAACGGGUGAGGAGGUGGCAUCAGCUUGUUCCGGGCAAGGGGGUAUCUCAGCCGCCAGCAGUAAUGGAGGAGAACAGUCAGAAACAGGUGAUUCUUGAUUCGGUGUCUCGCCAGAAGGGGUGAAGUCAGACAACUCAACUGAAGAUGUGUCCUGAUGACUGGCAGGACCUGGCAACAGCUGAUCUACAUGUCGCUGCCAGCCCGUGCAAACUGUGUGCCACCAUCUCUGCCUGAAAGCAUGGAUCCUGCAUUACUGUCCAGUCUUGUGGUAAUUGUUAUGAACACAACAUGGCAGAUCAUGCAGUAUUUCAUGAACUACAAGUCCAAACAGGAAUCCCUGGGGCUUGCCCUGCUAUGUGCCAGGGGAAAAAAACAAUUCCAGAUUACUUUUGGCAUUCAUGGAGCAGCUGCACGUGAUGGAUCAUUGCUACUGGGCUUGGGAAACAAGUACUGAAUGAUGGGAUAAGAUCAUUAUGCAGGUAUGGGAUGACAAGCAGUGGCUGCAAAACUUCUGGUUGUGCAAAGUCAUAUUCCUGGAAUUGUGUAUGGUGCUCGCCCUUGCCCUCUGGCACAAGGACAGCAAAAUGAGAGCUGCCCUUGAAGAAGAGCGUGAUGAUCGCUGUGUGGAAGCUGGCAACUCAGACUGCUACCGGUCAGUCACAAAUCUGUUUGGAGUUGGGAAGUCGACAACUGGGGCUGCAUUCAUGCAAGUAUCCUCAGCCAUUAAUCACCUCCUGCUGAGAACGAUUGUGACUCUGAGAAAUGUCCGUGAAAUAGCAGAUGGCUUUGCUGCAAUGCGAUUCCCUAACUGCAGCGGGGCUAUAAAUGGCAUGCAUAUUCCAGUUUUGGCCCAGGACCAUUUUCUGAUGGAGUACAUCAAUAGAAAGGGGUACUUCUCCAUGAUAUUUCAGGUGCUUUUGAAUCACUGGGGUAAUUUCACUGAUAUCAAUGUGGGGUGGUUCGGGAAGGUGCAUGAUGGAUGCAUCUUCAGAAACACUGACCUGUAUAGAAAGCUGCAAACAGAGACUUUCUUUUUAGACCAGAAGAUUCCAGUGGGGGCUGUUGAAAUGCCCACUGUGAUACAGGGAAACCCAGCCUACCCCUUAAUCCCUUGGCUCAUGAAGCCUUAUACGGGAAACCUUGACAGCAGCAAGAAGUGCUUCAACAGUCUCAGCAGGUGCAGAAUGACCAUUGAACGUGCGUUUGGAAGAUUAAGGGCUUGCUGGCACUGCUUUUAUGGCAGGUUAGACCCCAGUAAAGAAAACAUUCCCAUGGACAUAGCAGCCUGCUGUGCUCUGCAUAACAUUUGUGAAGCUUAGGGGGAAAAGUUUCCCCAGUGGUGAAGCAUUGAGGCAGAUCGACUGGUGGCUGAUUAUGAGCAGCCAGAUACCAGGGCUAUUAGAGGGGCUCAACAGGGCUAUUCAAAUCAGGGAGGCUUUGAAGCAGCAUUUUGACAAUGAGCCCCAGUUAUGUGUCUUUCUGGAAUGAAUUCAGCCAGGCUUUGUUUACUUGCCCCCUGGAAUGACCCUUGUAAUGAUUGCUUCCUGAGUGUGAUUUGUAGUCUGCAAAUGUGCCAAUUGCUACUGUGUAUGAUGAAUUCCAGCAGCAACCUCUGUGUGUAGGAGAAAAAUAAAGAUUAUUUUUCUUU